GCGCGGUGGCCGGCAGUGGUACAGCCUGCAGGACCCAGCAGCUGGGGCGGUGGGGACCGUGCCUCCCCACGCGAGGUGGACCCAGGUUUACCCUGGGCCUGAAGCCAGCCCCCACCCCAAGGAGCUGAGGUGCCUCCUCCCAUUUGAACAAAAGGGGAUUCUGGAAGAAGCCAUCUCAACAGCUCAUCAGGACCCAAGAGAAGAAGGGGCACAAAGAAACUGGCUGACUGCCCAUUUCCCAUUCUUGAAGUUAGGAAGAAAGAAAGAAAAGAAAAGAAGGAAGGGGCAAGAAGGGACCAAAGCCCCUUCCAACCAAGGAUGACACUAAACACCCAGCAGGAAGCAAAGACCCCCCUACGCCGAAGAGCCAGCACUCCACUACCCCUAUCAUCCAGAGGCCACCAGCCUGGCCACCUGUGCACAGUACCCCCUACUCAAUCCCAGCAUCCUCGGCUGGGCCAAUCUGCCUCCCUUAACCCUCCCACCCGGAGACCUUCCCCUGUCCCAGAUGGCUGGUCCUCUGAAUCCAGCGACUCUGAAGGCUCUUGGGAGGCCCUCUACCGUGUUGUGCUGCUUGGAGAUCCUGGUGUUGGAAAAACCAGCCUGGCCAGCCUGUUUGCGGGGAAGCAAGAGCGGGACCUCCACGAACAGCUAGGAGAUGUGUACGAGAGGACCCUCACAGUGGAUGGAGAGGACACCACACUGGUGGUCAUGGACACCUGGGAGGCUGAGAAACUGGACGAAAGCUGGAACCAGGAGUCCUGCCUGCAGGUGGGCAGCGCCUAUGUCAUCGUGUACUCCAUCGCAGAUCGGGGCAGCUUCGAGAGCGCAUCGGAGCUCCGCAUCCAGCUGCGGCGCACACACCGCGCAGACCACGUGCCCAUCAUCCUCGUGGGCAACAAGGCUGACCUGGCGCGCUGUCGGGAAGUCUCUGUGGAAGAGGGCCGCGCCUGCGCUGUGGUGUUCGAUUGCAAGUUCAUCGAGACGUCAGCCACUCUGCAGCACAACGUGGCCGAGCUCUUCGAGGGCGUGGUGCGCCAACUGCGCCUGCGCCGCCGGGACAGCGCAGCCCCCGAGCCCGCGACCCCGCACCGGCGGGCCAGCCUGGGCCAGCGCGCCCGUCGCUUCCUGGCGCGCCUGACAGCCCGCAGCGCCCGCCGCCGCGCGCUCAAGGCCCGCUCCAAGUCCUGCCACAACCUGGCUGUGCUCUGAGGCUGUGCUCUGGGGGUGGCGGGACACUGGGGU